UCAAUGCUCUUCUCUUCGCAUCCAUUUCACCUUCUUCGCCUAUAAAUCCACACCGAUUUCGCACUUCACAGCAUGCUUCCGCGUUUCUCUUCUUAAUCGCCGUCGUUAUUUUGCAUACGACCGUAAGUUUCGAAACGAUUUCAGUGCCAAUGUUGGUCGGCGCGGCAUUGAUCGAGGAGCGGUUCGCCGCCGGCAUGCGGUGGCUGUGCGGACGACCGAGAGCUUCGCAGCUGAAGAAAUUGGUGGUGCCUCUGUUCACUUGCAUUUUUGCAUUAGGUGGAGCUACAAUAGGAGCAAUUACCGGAGCGAUCAAAGGUCAGACGACGGAAACCGGUCUCUGCCGUGGAUUCGGCGUCGGAGCGGUGGCAGGGGCGAUUACCGGCGUCCAAUUGAUGGAUCUGAUAGCGAAUGGAGAGCAGUUUUCAAAGGUUGCACUAAUAUGCAGCUUAGUGAACGGUAAGAUAUUCAUGGAAUGGGUAAGCCCUGCAGUUCUAAAAGCUUAUCAGUGGCAGGUCAGCACAACAGAUACUAAUUUGAGGGAAAUUUCCGACAUUUUUGAGGUGAAUUCAGUUCGGGGUUUAUCUCCCGAUAAGAUCAAUGAACUGCCCGUUUAUCAGUAUCACAAGUAUAAGCUGAUCGCCACAUCAGGUUCUGAAACUAGCUGCGCCAUUUGCUUACAGGACUUGAAAGGCGGAGAUUGUGCAAGAUUGCUGCCGAGUUGCAGCCAUUUCUUCCACCUUCAAUGCAUAGACGAAUGGCUUACCCGGCAAGGUACGUGCCCAAUGUGUAGAAAAGAUGUUUGAUGUUUGUUACAAGAUAUAUAUAUUAUGGAAUUCAACAUAUAUAAUGGGAGAGGACGCGCAUAUUAUGCAAACGGCAUAAAAUGGCCGUCCGAGUAAGGCUAUUAUAUUAUGUGGGAUGAACAUCCAUCUUCGUCAAUGGUGUCACUUGUAAUAUCAGAAUGCUUAUUAAAAAAAGAACUAUGGUGGCCUGCCUGACAAUUGAUCGAUGUUACGCAACCAUAGCACUCGGUUAGAAAGUUGUAAAUAGAGUAUUUGUGGUGUUAACUAAUUCAAGU